CGACCAAUCACAUCGCGCCUUGUUCAGCCGCUGUCCAAUAGCCGGUGAGCUUGUAAGAUUACGACACACAGCAACAAGAAGUUUCCAAAAUGGGGCUCGAAAGUACAAUGGUCUGCGUGGACAACAGUGAGUACAUGAGGAAUGGAGACUUUCUACCGACGAGGCUACAGGCUCAACAAGAUGCUGUCAACAUUGUUUGCCACUCUAAAACACGAAGCAAUCCAGAAAACAACGUGGGCCUCAUCACUAUGGCAAAUAACUGUGAGGUCCUGACCACCCUGACACCAGAUUCUGGACGCAUCCUGUCCAAACUCCACGCUGUCCAGCCCAAAGGAAAGAUCUGCUUCUGCACAGGCAUCAGAGUGGCUCAUCUGGCCCUAAAACACAGACAAGGAAAAAACCACAAGAUGAGGAUCAUUGCCUUUGUUGGGAGUCCUGUGGAGGAUAAUGAAAAAGAUCUUGUCAAGUUGGCAAAGCGCUUGAAAAAAGAGAAAGUGAAUGUGGAUAUUAUCAACUUUGGAGAAGAGGAGGUGAACACAGAGAAGCUGACUGCUUUUAUAAAUACUUUAAAUGGGAAAGAGGGGACAGGCUCCCACCUGGUCACAGUUCCUCCAGGGCCCAGUCUGGCUGAUGCGCUGCUCUCCUCUCCCAUUCUGGCCGGUGAAGGAGGCUCUAUGAUGGGUCUUGGUGCCAGUGACUUUGAGUUUGGUGUGGAUCCCAGUGCUGAUCCAGAGCUAGCCCUGGCCUUGCGUGUAUCAAUGGAGGAGCAGCGACAGAGGCAGGAGGAGGAGGCCCGCAGAGCUGCUGCUGCUUCUGCGGCUGAGGCAGGCAUGCAAACACCGAGCGCAGACGAAUCAGAUGAGGCCUUAUUGAAGAUGUCCGUGUCUCAGCCUGAGAGUGGGGCAGCAGUGCUUCCUGACUUCAGCAGCAUGACUGAGGAGGAGCAGAUAGCCUACGCCAUGCAGAUGUCUCUUGCUGGAGGAGAGUACGGAGAGAUGGACACAGGAGCCCCCAUGGACACAGCAGAAUCAGCCAAGGAGGAAGAUGACUACGACGUGAUGCAAGACCCAGAGUUUCUUCAGAGCGUCUUGGAGAACCUUCCAGGUGUCGACCCGAACAACGAGGCCAUCCGCAACGCCAUGGGCUCCCUGGCCUCCCAGACGGGAAACAAGCCAGAUGGCAAAAAGGAUGAAGAGAAGAAGAAAUAAGGAACAGAGACUUAAGUCAUCGACUUAAAAAAAAAAAAAAAAAAGAACAAUUGCAGACUAAUGCAGGAAUUCUUUAAUAUACAAAAAGAUUGCUGAUGCAUCAUCUGACUGACAUCCCAGCAUGAGACAGCACUCUUGACAUUUGAUACCAUUGCUUUCCUUUCAGAUACUCAAAAGCACCAACCAUAAUGACUACAUAGUGUAAAAUCUGACCGCCCGGUAACAUAAAUUGAUAUAAUCUCCAAAAUGUAAAAACGCCUUGUGUUCUUUACCCUUACAUUUUCUCCACAUGGUAUAUUUACUGAUAAUUGACCCAUCGGAAAGAGAGGAGAAUUUAUGAUGACAGGCUCUUGAACUAAACAACUAGUAAUCCACACUCCUGUCCUGUCUUUUUUUGUUUUUUUGCAAUAAAAGCUAUGUGUAAAUA